CAUAAAAUAAUUCUUCUCCUUCCAAGAAAAUGUACACUACACUUCGAUGAAAACAUCCCCCACUACUAAAUUAUAACCAAUCCCACCUCCAAAAACGAGCAAUCGGUGAUACAUGUUUCAUUUUCAUAUGAAAAGCCUAAACCAAUAUAGCUUCAUACUAUUCUUCUCCGCCACCACCGCCACCGCCCUCAUCUCCUCCGCCCUGUGCUUCACGGCUGAGUUCAAGAAAUCCAAGAAAAAUGAUCUCAGAUUCAACGAAAAGCUCUGCCAUCUGCCCCAGAGCUCCAUUUUCGGGCUCGGCAUCGCCGCCUUAAUCUCUCUCACUCUCUCUCAGAUCAUCGGAAGCUACUUCAUUUGCAGAAAACUCCAUUCAUCACACAACAAAUCCACUGUGAAAAAAAGGCUUUCAUUUUCAUGCAUUUUGAUGGUUUUCUCAUGGAUGAGCUUUGCGGUUGCUGCUGUGUUGAUUGGUGGAGCCACAAGCAUGAGCCGAAGCCAGCCGUAUGGAGAGGGAUGGCUUGAUGGGGAAUGCUACUUGGUGAAGGAUGGAGUCUAUAUCGGCUCAGCGUUACUUAGCUUAGCGGCGCUCGGUUUGACUCUCGGCUCAGCCGCCAUCGAGAUGAACCGAAGACAAGCUGAAGAAGAUAGGAAGGUUCAUGCACAAGUUGAUGAAUGUGUAGAAAGCACAAGUUGAUGAAUGUGUACAAAUAUAUUAAUCCCUCCGUCCCACAAUAAGAGUCAUAUU